GCGAAGAUAAAACCUUGGAUCCGGCUCCGGUGCUGAUGUUGUUAUCCACAGACGGGGUAUUAUGCCCCUUUUACAUGGUCAAUCAAAACCCGGGGGUCCGAUCUCUUCUGGUGACUCCUGAGUGUCUCUCUACAGAAGGGGAGAGAGCAACAAAAAUAGCAGUGAGCUUCAAGAACCGCUUCGACGCGCCGGUUCCUUCCGUCGCGACAAAGCCCAGCUUCGCUCCAGCAGGGUCCUCUGUCAAGGUCAACCUCAACGAAAAGUUCGCUGCUGCCGAGACUGCUGCCCCUCCUGCCAGCACCAGCCAAGGCUCUUCGGCCUUCCUCUUUCCCCCUGCUGCAAAAUCGACGCCCGUGGGACCCCUAGGCCUGGCCACGCCUCCUUCUGCCCCGAUAAAGGCUUCCACCCCUGUGACUUCCGCAAUGGUGCGUCCACCUCAAAGCGCUCCUGCAGCCACUGGCCUUCAGAAGACGGCCAAGAUAUCCCCAGCUGUGACAAAAUCAAGCCCUGCACAGAGUCGGCAGCAGCCGGCCGGUGUGGGGACAGAGAAGCAGCCCUGUCAGUGGAGAGAGAUGGAUCCUGUCAUCAUCGGAAUAAGAGAAGAGAUCGCCCAUUUCCAGAAAGAGAUGGAGGAACUCAAGGCUCGAACGGCCAAGGCCUCGUUUCAGGUGGGCAGCGAAGAGGAGAAGAAGAUGCUGCGUGUGGAGGCCAACGAGCUGCACACUUUCCUGCUGGAAAUCAAAGAGACCACAGAGUCCCUUCAUGGAGACAUCAGCCUUCUGAAGACCAAUUUGCUGGAAGGCUUUGCGGGGCUGGAGGAAGCCCGGGAGAAGGACGAGCAAGCCCACAACUCCGAGUACCUGCACCUGCUGUACAAGAAGCCUUUGGACCCCAAGAGCGAAGCCCAGCUUCAGGAAAUUCGUCGCUUGCAUCAAUACGUGAAGUUUGCCGUCCAAGAUGUGAACGACGUUCUGGAUUUAGAGUGGGAUCGGCACCUGGAACAGCAAAAGAAGCAGAAGCGUUUAGCUGUCCCCGAGCGAGAGACUCUCUUCAACGCCCUCACUAACAACCGGGAGAUCAUCAACCAGCAGAGGAAGAGGCUGAAGAAAUUGGUAGACGGCUUGUACGAACUCCGUCUUUACAACCAAGUGACGCAGUGGAGCCUGCCCUCUCCCAGUUCUUCUCACAGCGGCAUCCAGAGCCUGGAGAGCGAGCUGGAGAAUCUGAGCAACGCCUUGACGAAAGCCACCCUGGAAUCUUCCACCGAAGCCUCGUCCCCCUCCGCCGCUAAAUUGUCCCUCGUGAAGCAGACUCAGCUAAGGAAUUUCUUGUCCAAAAGACAGAUGCCCCCCGUCCACUCCAUGGCACCAGCAACACUGUCGCAGUCGGCUUUCCUGUCUCUGAGAUACGACGAAGACCUGGAUGAGAUUAGUUCCGCCUCUUCGGUUGCCCACUCCUUGGACAACGAGGACCCCGAAGCAGUGGAUCAGGAGGAAGUGGAGGUGGUCCCGGUCCCAGCGCCUCGUCACGCCCCGGUCAUCCGGACGCCUUCGGUCCAGCCUCCCCUGUUGCCGCAGCCCCCGCCUCUUGGCAAACCCCACAUCACAAUGGGCACCCUAAUGUCUGCCCCGAAACCCGUCCUCCCUGGGGCAGAGAACACCGUGUUGGCAACGAAGACUGUGAAACACAGAGCCCCCGUCCCCUCCGUCACUCUCCCAGCCCCCCAAGCUGCUGCGGAAGCUGCCUUGAGGAGACAGAUGGCAAACCAGAAUCCAGUGGUGAGCACCUCCCUGACCGAAUCGACUCUGAAGAACGUCCCUCAGGUGGUCAAUGUCCGAGAGCUGAAAAGCAGUGGGUCUCCCCCAACAGUUUCUGCAGCCAUGGGCUCGUCAGUUCCUCAAACUGCUGCUCAAGGUGUCCAUCAGGUUUUGGCAACCAAUCAAGUCCACCAGGGGCCCCCGUCAAGCACCCUGAAGGCGUUGACGCCACCCAGCUCAGCAGGGGCGACCGUAGCGUCCACCAGCCAGACCCCAGUCGGGAAAAAGAAUUCAGGCUCCACAAAGGCUGUUGCAGCUGUCGCCACGCCGGCAGUGACGUCCAUCUCGGCCGCAGCUUCCCAAUUCAGCAAGGACUUCACGUUCGCCCCAUCAGGGCCUGGGUUUAACUUUGCUGCGGUCCCUGUUUCGGCUGCGACGUCGGCCUCUUCUGCUUUGGCAGCGGCCAGUUCGACGGCCGGUGGCAUCUUUGGCAACGUCCACGUGGUCCAUCCUGGCCCUCCCAGCCUCUUCGGUCUCGCAGCACCGGCGGGCGGUGGGAAGACUCCGUUUGCCUUUGGGGGUCCUCAGGCCAGCGCCCCCCAAGCGUCAUCUUCCUCGUCUCCGGCCCUCCCGCCGUCCACCACGGCCCUCUCCUUUGGGAGUCUCUUGAGCUCUGCAGCCACGCCGAGUAAGGGAGAGGAAGACGUCCAAACGAGCCCUCCCGAGAAGCCGCCUCUGGCCGAGGGGGCCGCGUUGCCCACGGCACAGGAUGACCCCCAGCCCUCUGUCCUGGCCCCUGAGCAGCGUCCGGCAGAAGCGGCCCCUGUAGCAGCUGCAGAGACCAAAGGAGGGCAGCCGACUGCUCCUUCGGAAGCCACACCUGGCAAAGAGCCGAGUCCCACUUCGGCGCCUGGCGAGCCCAAGACCGAGGGGCUUCUUCCUCCGGAGGGCCCUGCAGAAGAGCAGCCCCCGGCCUCCUCGCCUCCAGUGGCCGUCAGUUCCCAAGUCACGGAACCCACGGCCUCCUCUGCAAACACAGCAGCGUGCACCUCCGGCUCGGCCUUCAGCCAGCCCACCGCUGCGGGCUUGACCAACCCUUCUGCUCCACCCGUCUUUGGUCAGGUCUCUGCGGAAGGCCUCCCGGUCUCCUCUCCCUUCGGCCAACCUCCGGCCACCUGCCCGUCUUCCUCAGCCGCCGCUACUGGGUUCAAUACCUCGGUCUUCGGGACCGCAGCCACCCAGGGCUUCGGCCAGUUGGCGUUUGGACAAGCCCCUGUUUUUGGCCAAUCCGGCAACACAUCGAGCGGCUUUGCGUUCAACCAGACGGGCUUUGGAGCUCCUCUGACUUUUGGGCAGGCGGCGGCUUCCGCCACCCCGGCGUCCAGCAGCGGGAACGUCUUUGGGGCAGCGUCCAGCACCAGCACGGCCAGCUCCUUCUCCUUUGGACAGCCUUUAACCGCUUCUGGACUUUACGAUCCAAGCAGCGCCCCUGUGUUCGGGCAGAGUUCCGGCUUUGGACAGAGCGGGGCCAUCUUUGCCAGUCCAGCGUCCAUGACCACCACCACCCCAACCUCUUCGGCUGGGUUCAGCUUUUGUCAAGCUUCCGCGUUUGGUUCCAGCAGCCCAAGUACCGUAUUUGGCCAAGCCACCAACGCCAGCGGGACCCUCUUCGGCCAGCCAUCCUCUUCUGGCGGGGGUCCGUUUGGAUCCGGCAGUGGUGGGAGAACGGGGGGCUUUUUCAGCGGCCUGGGCGGGAAACCGAGUCACGAGGCGGCCAACAAGAACCCCUUCGGUUUCACCAGCAGCAGUUUUGGCUCAUCAGCCAGUCAAAAUACAUCGACUCUUUUUGGAAACAGCGGCGCCAAAAGUUUUGGGUUUGGCACCGCUUCCUUUGGCGAGCAAAAGCAGAUGGGCACCUUCAGCUCCAGUGGGGGAAGCGUCGCAUCCCAGGGCUUUGGGUUCUCCAGCCCCACCAAAACAGGUGGCUUCGGAGCUGCUCCAGUGUUCGGCAGCCCUCCCACUUUUGGGGGUUCCCCCGGGUUCGGAGGGGUGCCAGCAUUCGGUUCAGCCCCAGCCUUUUCAAGUCCUCUGGGCUCGGCGGGAGGCAAAGUGUUCGGUGAAGGGACCGCGGCGGCCAACACGGGCGGAUUCGGCUUCGGCAGCACGGCCAGCACCGUCUCCUUCGGCACACUGGCGAGUCAGAACACCCCCACCUUCGGCUCCCUCUCUCAGCAGCCUACAGGUUUUGGCACACAGGGCAGCGGCUUCACUGGCUUUGGGUCCAGCGGAGGAGGAUUUGUCUUCGGAUCAUCGAAUGCAUCCCCCUCGGGAUUCAGCGGCUGGAGAAGCUGAACAGACGACGGCUCUUUCGCUGUUCUGGGACUCUUCUUUUUUU